AUGGCGACCGGUGAGAGGCGAUCAAAUCUCAGGUUGCUCAGGACGUCAUUGAUUCUGGACCAAGGCGACACACGCACGACUCGCCAUGGAGACUGUCUCAGACUGUGUACUUACAACGCGAGAACAGUUUCCACAGACGCCGACCUGCAUGCCCUUCUCGGAGCUGCAGAGCGUAUCAAAUUUCACGUGAUUGCUCUGCAGGAGACCAAGUGCAGAAGGAGCGACGUACGACAGAUGAAUGACGGUACACUCGUCAUUCGUGGAGAGAAGGUUCCGUCGCGAAAUGUAGGCGGUGUUGGUUUCGUUGUGCACCCAUCUGUCGUCCAUCUCGUCGAUUCUCACGAGAUCCUGUCACCUCGUCUGGCCAUUCUUCGCCUCCGCCCUCUGCGCCAAAAAUCCAUCAGUAUCAUCAACUGCUAUUCACCAACAUCAGCAGCUGAUGAUUCCGAAUUGGACGCGUUUUACGAGGAGCUGGAGGAAGUAGUCCACAACGAGAAGUCCUUUUACAAAUUCGUUGUCGGAGACUUCAACGCAAAACUAGGAAAGGCCACAGAAGAGGAAUACAGGAUUGGAAGAUUUGGACUAGGGGACCGGAAUGAAAAUGGCAAUCGUCUCGCCGGGCUGUUGUCCGCCGCUCGCCUCUUUCAUGGGAACUCUCUUUUCAUGAAAAAAAGAUCAUCGUCAGUGGACAUGGGAAUCGCCCAAUGGCGCGACUCGUGCGGAGAUCGACCACAUACUCACCAACCGGAGGUGGUGUCUACUUGA